CGCUUUAAGGUCGGGCGGGGCCGGCGGCGCCGAGGAGCGGCACCUGGAGCUCCCAGAGCGGCCACCCGGAGUCUCUGGCCUGACCGACGGCACGCGAGGACCGGGAUCGCAGGGGAGGCGCCUCCUGCAAACCCGAGGGACAGCCAUCCCAGGAUUGCACCUCCCUCUGGUCCCUGCGCCUGGACCACGCCUGACCACCUGCCGCCCGAUGGCUUCAUCUGAGACGUGUGACGUGAGCCGAGCGGCCUCCACGCUCCAUUACUGCAUGACGGUCAGCGGCACGGUGCUUCUGGUAGCUGGGACACUCUGCUUUGCUUGGUGGAGUGAAGGAGAAGCAGGUGCUCAGCCCGGCCAGCCGGCCCCUCCCACGGGGCAUCCGGUGCCUCAGGCCCCCAGUCCCCUGCUCAGGUCCGUCAGCUUCUUGUGCUGCGGUGCAGGCGGGCUGCUACUACUCUUCGGCUUGCUGUGGUCCAUCAAGGCCAGCACCCGGGGGCCUCCCCGAUGGGACCCAUAUCACCUCUCCAGAGACCUGUACUACCUCACUGUGGAGCCCUCGGAGAAGGAGAGCUACAGGAUCCCAAAGGCGGUUGGCAUCCCCACUUACGAGGAGGCCGUGGGCUGGCCACUUGCCGAGGGGCCCCCGACGCCACCUGCCGAGGGGCCCCCGACAACCCCUGCGUACCCCGCGGAAGAAAGCCCGAAGGACUGUGCCUCCAGGGAUGCCCUGCGUGGGACCCAGCCCCCCUUGCCACCGCCCAGCUACGAGAGCAUCAUCAGUGCUGUCAACGGCCUCUCUGGAGAGACAGUCCCCGCCACCGCGUGCUCCUGCCCAGGCCCGGCUCAGACGACAGUGGGGGGAGGCACACUCCAAAGCUGGAGACAGAUGAGCUUCUAGUGCAUAAUACAGUGCCUGGUACCCAGAAGGCGCCCAGCAAAUGUUUGUCGCUGAAUGCUGUUUUAUCGACCUACGGCUGUGUAACAAACGGCUUAAA